AUGUCCUUGAGCGACUGGGAACUAAUCUACCGCUGCGAGUUGUGCGAGAAGAAAAAGGGAGUCCUAAAGCAGACAUUUCAUAAACGCCAGGACCUUAUCCAGGAGGUCCAUCCCGCCGUGGCCACUUGCGUAACCAAGGCCCAUGAGACCACCGUUCUCAAGAUGCUCUCAAAACUGGAGGACACCUACGCUAACGUCAAUUUCACCCAGCGUUUGACGGUCUGGGAAAUUUACCAAGCGCUGAGCGAGAGACACGUGGUUAAGGGCAAGGCCAUCAGUAGUCUUGAUUUGGCAAUCAAGGGUCUCGAGGAGCUCGACUUCGACAUUUUUGCGUCUCCUCCCAGCAAGUGA